UCCUGGCAGUGGCUCCCAGAGCCUCUGCUGCAAGGACCAGUGAAGGGUUCCCCCCUUCUGUGCCCCCAAGAGUCCAGGGCUGCCAAGGGGUGCUUACCCGGCCUGCGACGCUUCUCUUACUGGGGUUGGGACUGUGCAGGUUCAGAGGUGUGGCAGCCAGCGCAAGCCACCAGGCUCUCCAGCCUACUGAAUCAUGGCAGCUCGGUGCACCCCGUCUAUUCUGACCAUCCUGGUGUUGCUUGGCUUAGCCAGGGCAGGCCCUUUCUCUCCUCGGUCUAAUGUGACACUCCCGGCCCCGCGGCCCCCUCCCAAGCCCGGUGGCCCUUCUUCUCAGCUGUACGAGCAUACUGUGGAAGGAGGGGAGAAGCAGGUGGUGUUCACCCAUCGCAUUAACCUGCCCCCGUCAGCUGGCUGCGGCUGUCCCCCGGGCUCUGAACCCCCGGUGCCUGCUUCAGAGGUGCAGGCCCUGAGGGUCCGCCUGGAGAUCCUGGAGGAGCUGGUGAAAGGGCUUAAGGAGCACUGCUCAGGAGGGUGCUGUCCCACCGCGGCCCAAGCUGGCACAGGUCAGACUGAUGUGCGCAGCCUCUGCAGUCUCCACGGUGUCUUUGACCUGAGCCGCUGCGCCUGUUCCUGUGAGCCUGGCUGGGGUGGACCCACCUGCUCAGACCCUACGGACACAAAGACGCCCACCUCGUCCCCGCCCUCCGAGUCCUGUCCCGAAGACUGCAAUGACCAGGGCCGCUGCGUCCGAGGACGCUGCGUGUGCUUCCCAGGCUACAGUGGCCCUAGCUGUAGCUGGCCCUCUUGCCCUGGAGAUUGUCAGGGGCGCGGGCGCUGCGUGCAGGGCGUGUGCGUGUGUCGCGCGGGCUUCUCGGGUCCCGACUGCAGCCAGCGCUCCUGCCCUCGCAACUGUAACCAGAGAGGACGCUGCGAGGAAGGACGCUGCGUGUGUGACCCCGGCUACUCAGGUGAGGACUGUGGGGUGCGGAGCUGUCCCAGGGGCUGCAGCCAAAGGGGCCGCUGCGAGAACGGCCGCUGCGUGUGCAACCCCGGCUACUCUGGCGAGGACUGUGGGGUGCGGAGCUGUCCCAGGGGCUGCAGCCAGAGGGGUCGCUGCGAGGACGGCCGCUGUGUGUGCGAUCCGGGCUAUAGUGGCGAAGACUGCAGCAUGAGGACCUGCCCAUGGGACUGUGGCGACGGAGGGCGCUGCGUGGACGGUCGCUGCGUGUGUUGGCCCGGGUACUCGGGCGAAGACUGUAGCACGCGGACGUGCCCGCGUGACUGCCGUGGCCGGGGCCGCUGCGAGGACGGGGAAUGUAUCUGUGACGCAGGCUACAGUGGCGACGACUGCGGUGUGCGGAGCUGCCCCGGGGACUGUAACCAAAGGGGUCACUGUGAGGACGGCCGCUGCGUGUGCUGGCCCGGGUAUACUGGAGCGGACUGCAGCACGCGCGCCUGCCCACGGGACUGCAGGGGCCGCGGGCGCUGCGAGGAUGGCGUGUGCGUGUGCCACGCGGGCUACAGCGGCGAGGACUGCGGGGUGCGCAGCUGUCCCGGGGACUGUCGCGGCCGUGGGAGCUGCGAGAGCGGCCGCUGCGUGUGCUGGCCCGGGUACACAGGCCGAGACUGUGGCACGCGUGCCUGCCCCGGUGACUGUCGUGGACGCGGGCGCUGCGUGGACGGCCGCUGCGUGUGCAAUCCGGGCUUCACUGGCGAGGACUGCGGGAGCCGUCGGUGCCCUGGGGACUGUCGCGGACACGGCCACUGCGAGAACGGCGUGUGCGUGUGCGCUGUGGGCUACUCUGGCGAGGACUGCAGCACGCGCAGCUGUCCCAGCGGCUGCAGAGGCCGCGGCCGGUGCCUGAACGGGCUCUGCGAGUGCGACGAAGGCUACUCCGGUGAGGACUGUAGCAUAAGACGGUGUCCGCGCGACUGCAGCCAGCACGGCCUGUGUCAGGAUGGCUUGUGCGUGUGCCACGCAGGAUACGCGGGCGAAGACUGCAGCAUUCGCACCUGCCCGGCUGACUGUCACCGGCGUGGCCGCUGUGAGGACGGGCGCUGUGUGUGCAACCCAGGCUACACCGGGCCCGCAUGUGCCACCCGCACCUGUCCAGCUGAUUGUCGUGGCCGUGGACGCUGUGUGCAGGGAGUGUGCAUGUGCUACGUUGGCUACAGCGGUGAGGACUGUGGACAGGAAGAGCCUCCUGCCAGUGCCUGCCCUGGGGGCUGUGGGCCGCGGGAACUGUGCCGCGCCGGACAAUGCGUGUGUGUUGAGGGCUUUCGAGGCCCAGACUGUGCCAUCCAGACGUGCCCAGGUGACUGUCACAGCAGGGGAGAGUGUAUCCAAGGCAGAUGCGUCUGCCAAGAAGGCUACGCUGGGGACGACUGCGGGGAAGAGAUACCAGCCAUCCAGAACAUGAGGAUGCACCUUCUAGAGGAGACGACAGUCCGGACAGAGUGGACACGGGCUCCGGGUCCUGUGGAUGCCUAUGAAAUCCAGUUUAUCCCUAUGACGGAGGGGGUGAGUCCACCAUUCACAGCUCGGGUGCCCAGCUCUGCCUCAGCCUAUGACCAGCGAGGACUGGCGCCUGGUCAGGACUACCAGGUCACUGUUCGUGCUCUACGAGGGACCAGCUGGGGACCUCCUGCCUCUAAGACCAUCACUACCAUGAUCGAUGGUCCUCAGGACCUCCGGGUGGUAGCUGUGACCCCAACCACACUGGAUCUCAGUUGGCUGCGCCCCCAGGCUGAGGUGGACCGAUUUGUGGUGUCCUAUGUCAGUGCCGGAAACCAAAGGGUGCGACUGGAAGUCCCCCCUGAGGCAGACAGGACUCAGCUAACCGACCUGAUGCCAGGUGUGGAGUACGUGGUGACUGUCACUGCAGAAAGAGGCCAUGCAGUCAGCUACCCAGCUUCUAUCAGGGCAAAUACAGCACCAGGCCACUACAGUUACCCGGAGGUGCGCCCCCCAGCCCCGCCCCCCAACCCCCGUCCCCGGCCUCGGUGGCCCUCCCGGCCCUUGCCGUCCCCAGAGACGGACGAGAAGGAGUGGCAUCACCGGCCGAGACUGCCCCAGCCUCCCCGACGGCCGUGGGGUAACCUGACGACUGAACUGGGCCGCUUCCGCGGCACAGUACAGGACCUGGAGCAUCACUUGCGAACCCACGGCUAUCCACUGCGCGCCAACCAGACUUACGCGUCGGUGGCGCGCCACAUCCAUGAUUUCUUGAAGCGCCGUCAAACAGCGGGUGCCCCUGCAUCCCAGCCACAUCACCCUCACCCCACCACUAGUCCCACCCAGAACACCAGGAAGCGGGACUCGGAGCAGGGUGCUGUGGGCCCAGCGUCCGAUGGUACACACCCGGUGACUGCAGCGCGCCACCCGAAACCGGAGGUGCUGGGCAGUGCAGCCGACGGCUCACUGAUUGUGUCCCUGGACGGGCUCCGGGGUCAGUUCGAGCGCGUGGUGUUGCGCUGGCAGCCACUGCCACCAGCCGAGGGUCCCAACGGGGAGCUGACUGUGGAUGGUUCUGAACGCACUGUCCGCUUGCCGAACCUCAGGCCCGAGACUACUUACCACGUGGAGGUCCAUGGGGUACGGGCAGGGCAGACUUCCAAGUCCUACGCCUUCAUCACCACCACCACCACCACCACCACCACAGGGUCCUUACCCUCUGGCCUCGUGGAGGCUACUGAUGAGCCUCCUCCCUCGGGCCCCUCUACGACCCAAGGGGCCCAGGCCCCUAUCCUGAUCCUGGAGCACCACCCGCUGGGAGAGUUGAAGGUGCUGGGCAGAGACAAGGCAGGGCGCCUCCGUGUGGCUUGGACUGCCCAGCCCGACAGCUUUGCCCACUUCCAGCUGCGUAUGCAGGUGGCCGAGGAGGGGUCCUGGGCUCACGAAGAACUGCUUCCAGGAGACGUCCAGCAGGCUCUGGUGCCCCCACCCCCUCCCGGAGCCCCCUACAAGCUAUUCCUCCAUGGGAUCACCCCUGGGGGCAAGAUCUCUGUUCCUAUCACCUACCAAGGCAUUAUGGACAGGGCUCAGGAACAGCCUGGGAAGCCAUCAGUCCAGCCGCGCCUGGGUGAACUGACAGUGACAGGCCUGACCUCUGACUCCUUGCUCCUGCACUGGACUGUCCCAGAGGGGGAGUUUGACUCCUUCCUGAUCCAGUACAAGGACAAAGACAGGCCCCAGGCGAUACCCGUGGAGGGACCCCAGCGUUCUGCACCCGUCUCAGGCUUGGAACCGGGACGCAAGUACAAAUUUAUCCUGUAUGGACUCGUCGGCAAGAAGAGGCAUGGCCCCUUGAUGGCUGAAGCCAAGAUCUUGCUUCAGGGUGACCCCGACCCAGGAUCCCCACCCCGCCUGGGAGAGCUAUGGGUGACAGACCCCACCCCGCACUCACUGCACCUCUCCUGGACUGUUCUCGGAGGCCAGUUCGACUCCUUCGUGGUCCAGUACAGAGACAAGGAAGGCCAGCCCCGUGUGGUACCUGUGGAGGGGCCUGAUCGCUCGGUGGUGAUCUCCCCACUGGACCCCAAUCACAAGUACAGGUUCACUCUGUUUGGGAUUGCCAAUAAGAAGCGGUCCGGGCCCCUUACUGCUGAUGGCACUACUGCCGCAGAGACGAAAGAGGAGCCCUCAGAACCACCCCGCCUCGGCGAACUGACUGUGACUGGUGUGACCCCAGACUCCCUGCGACUGUCCUGGACAGUGGCUCGGGGUCCCUUCGACUCCUUUGUCAUCCUUUACAAGGAUGCGCAGGGCCAGCCCCAGAGCGUACCCAUUGAAGGCGAUGAGAAUGAGGUCACUGUCCCCGGCCUGGAGUCCAACAGGAAGUAUAAGAUGAACCUCUACGGGCUUCGUGGCAGGCAGCGUGUGGGGCCGGUGUCUGUGGUGGCCAAAACGGCCCCACCAGACGCUGUGGACCAGCCCCUCAGCCCCCCAGAACCCAGCACAGAGGCCCCAGAGGCCCCCGAGAAGCCAAACCUGGGAGAACUGACCGUGACAGACACCACACCCAACUCCCUGAGCCUCUCCUGGACAGUCCCUGAGGGACAGUUUGACCAGUUCGUGAUCCAGUACAAGAACGGGGAUGGUCAACCCAAGGUGGUGCGGGUGCCAGGGUUCGAGGACCAGGUCACCAUCUCCGGCCUGGAGCCAGACCACAAGUACAAGAUGAACUUGUAUGGCAUCUAUAGUGGCCAGCGUGUGGGCCCCGUGUCUGUUGUUGGGGUGACGGCUGCAGAGGAAGAGCCCCCCAGCCCCACAGAGCCCAGCACAGAGGCCCCAGAGCCCACAGAGGCCCCAGAACCCACCGAGGAGCCACUCCUGGGAGAGCUGACAGUGACAGGAUCGUCCCCAGACUCCCUGAGCCUCUCCUGGACCGUCCCCCAGGGAGACUUUGACUCCUUCACUGUCCAGUACAAGGGCAGUGAUGGGCGGCCCCAGGUGAUGCGUGUCGGGGGCCAGGAGAGGGAGGUCACCGUGAGAGACCUGGAUCCUGGGCGCAAGUACAAGAUGAACCUGUAUGGGCUCCGUGAGGGGCGUCGUGUGGGUCCCGUGUCCACCGUGGGCGUGACCGACCCACAACCAGAAGAAAAGACCUCCCUUGAGCCACGCCUGGAGGAGUUGACAGUGACUGGUGUAACCCCCAAUUCCGUGAGCCUCUCAUGGAUAGUUCCUGAGGGACAGUUUGACUCCUUCUUGGUCCAGUACCAGGACAGGGAUGGGCAGCCCCGGGAGGUGCCCGUGACAACAGAACAGCGUGAGGUCACCGUCCUUGACUUGGACCCUGGGAGAAUAUACAAGAUGAACUUCUACGGGCUACACGGCAGACAACGUGUGGGCCCCCUCUCCGUGUCAGCAAUGACAGACUCUCUCGCACCAGCACCAGCUCCAGCCACCGAGGCCUCCAAGCUGCUCCCAGAGCCACGACUGGGGGAACUAACAGUGACAGAUGUGACCCCGGACUCCGUGGGCCUCUUGUGGACUGUCCCUGAGGGUGAAUUCGACUCCUUCGCGGUCCAGUACAAGGACAGGGACGGCCAGCCCCAGGUGGUACCUGUGGCAGCGGACCUACGGGAGGUCACCAUCCCAGGCCUGGAGCCCUCCCGCAAGUACAAGUUCCUGCUCUUUGGGGUCCAAGAUGGGAAAAGACACAGCCAGGUCUCUGUAGAGGCGAAGACAGCUACCCGCAAUGAUGCCAGCCCAGGGGCCCCUCCCCACCUUGGGGAGCUGUGGGUGACGGAUCCUAGCACGGACUCUCUGCGCCUGUCCUGGACAGUCCCCGAGGGCCACUUUGACUCUUUUGUGGUCCAGUUCAAGGACAAAAGUGGGCCCCGGGUGGUGCCAGUAAAGGGUCAAGAGCGGACAGCCACCAUCACGGCCCUGGACGCUGGCCGCAAGUACAGAUUCCUCCUCUAUGGGCUUCUGGGAAGGAAGCGCUUUGGCCCCCUCACCGCAGAGGGCAACACAGAGCCCACAAAUGCCGUGGACCACACUGGCGAAAAGCACCCCACAAAACCUCGACUGGGAGAGGAACUGCGUGUGACUAGUGUGACCCCAAACUCCGUGGACCUCUCCUGGACAGUCUCCGAGGGCCAGUUUGACUCCUUUGUGGUCCAGUACAAGGACAGGGAUGGGCAGUCCCAGGUGGUGCCCGUGGACGGAAGCCAUAGAGAGGUCAGGGUCUCUGGUCUAGACCCAGGUCGCAGGUAUAAGCUGCUACUCUACGGCCUCCGAGACAGCAAGCGCGUGGGUCCCCUUUCAGUCAUUGCUGUGACCGACCCCAGAGAAACAACAGAAGCAUGGACAGAGGUCCCCACAACUUCAAUUCCUGCAGCUGUGCCCCGCCUCGGGGAGCUGAGAGUGGAGGAAGCCACGCCUCACAGCCUGCAUCUUUCCUGGGUGGUGACUGAGGGAGAAUUUAACUCCUUCGAGGUCCAGUACACUGACAGAGAUGGGCGUCUCAGAGUGGUCAGUACAGAGGGUGACCAGACUGACAUCACACUUACUGGCCUGGAAUCUAACCACAGAUACCUGGUAACCCUGUAUGGCUUCCAUGACGGGCAGCCUGUAGGCCCUGCUCAAAUUGAGGCCCUGACAGUGCCAUGGGAGGAAGAGGAGGAGGAAGAGGAGUCCACAGAGCCACCCACUAUGACUCCUGAGCCCAAGCCACACCUGGGAGAGCUGACUGUGACAGAUGCCACCCCUGACUCCCUGAGCCUCUCCUGGACGGUCCCCGAGGGACAGUUUGACCAGUUUGUGAUCCAGUACAAGAACGGGGAUGGGCAGACCAAGGUGGUACGGGUGCCAGGGCACGAGGACCAGGUCACCAUCUCUGGCCUGGAGCCAGACCACAAGUACAAGAUGAACCUGUAUGGCAUCCACAGUGGUCAGCGUGUGGGCCCCGUGUCUACUGUUGGGGUGACAACUGCAGAGGAAGAGCCCCCCAGCCCCACAGAGCCCAGCACAGAGGCCCCAAAGCCCACCGAGGAGCCACUCCUGGGAGAGCUGACAGUGACAGGAUCGUCCCCAGACUCCCUGAGCCUCUCNUGGACCGUCCCCCAGGGAGACUUUGACUCCUUCACUGUCCAGUACAAGGGCAGUGAUGGGCGGCCCCAGGUGAUGCGUGUCGGGGGCCAGGAGAGGGAGGUCAUCGUGAGAGACCUGGAUCCUGGGCGCAAGUACAAGAUGAACCUGUAUGGGCUCCAUGAGGGGCGUCGCGUGGGCCCCGUGUCCACCGUGGGCGUGACCGACCCCAAAGAGGAGCCUACGGAUGCCCCUUUCCUGAACCCUCGCCUGGAGGAGCUGACUGUGACAGAUGCCACCCCCGACUCCCUGAGCCUCUCCUGGACGGUCCCCGAGGGACAGUUUGACCAGUUCGUGAUCCAGUACAAGAACGGGGAUGGGCAGCCCAAGGUGGUGCGGGUGCCAGGGCACGAGGACCAGGUCACCAUCUCUGGCCUGGAGCCAGGCCACAAGUACAAGAUGAACCUGUACGGCAUCUACAGUGGCCAGCGUGUGGGCCCCAUGUCUGUUGUUGGGGUGACAGCUGCAGAGGAAGAGCCCCCCAGCCCCACAGAGCCCAGCACAGAGGCCCCAGAACCCACAGAGGCCACAGAGCCCACUGAGGAGCCACUCCUGGGAGAGCUGACAGUGACAGGAUCGUCCCCAGACUCCCUGAGCCUCUCNUGGACCGUCCCCCAGGGAGACUUUGACUCCUUCACUGUCCAGUACAAGGGCAGNGAUGGGCGGCCCCAGGUGAUGCGUGUCGGGGGCCAGGAGAGGGAGGUCACCGUGAGAGACCUGGAUCCUGGGCGCAAGUACAAGAUGAACCUGUAUGGGCUCCAUGAGGGGCGUCGCGUGGGCCCCGUGUCCACUGUGGGCGUGACCGCUCCAGAGGAGGAAGCUCUGACCACACAGGUGGUGCCCACCACAACUCCUGAGCCCCCUCCGAAGAAGCCGCACCUGGGAGAGCUGACUGUGACAGAUGCCACCCCUGACUCCCUGAGCCUCUCCUGGACAGUCCCCGAGGGACAGUUUGACCAGUUCGUGAUCCAGUACAAGAACGGGGAUGGGCAGCCCAAGGUGGUACGGGUGCCAGGGCAUGAGGACCAGGUCACCAUCUCUGGCCUGGAGCCAGACCACAAGUACAAGAUGAACCUGUAUGGCAUCUACAGUGGCCAGCGUGUGGGCCCUGUGUCUACUGUUGGAGUGACAGCUGCAGAGGAAGAGCCCCCGAGCCCAGAGCCCAGCACAGAGGCCCCAGAGCCCACAGAGGCCCCAGAACCCACCGAGGAGCCACUCCUGGGAGAGCUGACAGUGACAGGAUCGUCCCCAGACUCCCUGAGCCUCUCNUGGACCGUCCCCCAGGGAGACUUUGACUCNUUCACUGUCCAGUACAAGGGCAGUGAUGGGCGGCCCCAGGUGAUGCGUGUCGGGGGCCAGGAGAGGGAGGUCACCGUGAGAGACCUGGAUCCUGGGCGCAAGUACAAGAUGAACCUGUAUGGGCUCCAUGAGGGGCGUCGCGUGGGCCCCGUGUCCACUGUGGGCGUGACUGAGGAGGAAGCUAUGACCACACAGCCAGAGCACAUCGUGACCACUGAGCUUCCUCCUAAGCAGCCGCACCUGGGAGAGCUGACUGUGACAGAUGCCACCCCUGACUCUCUGAGCCUCUCCUGGACGGUCCCCGAGGGACAGUUUGACCAAUUUGUGAUCCAGUACAAGAACGGGGAUGGGCAGACCAAGGUGGUGCGGGUGCCAGGGCACGAGGACCAGGUCACCAUCUCUGGCCUGGAGCCAGACCACAAGUACAAGAUGAACCUGUAUGGCAUCCACAGUGGUCAGCGUGUGGGCCCCGUGUCUACUGUUGGGGUGACAACUGCAGAGGAAGAGCCCCCCAGCCCCACAGAGCCCAGCACAGAGGCCCCAAAGCCCACCGAGGAGCCACUCCUGGGAGAGCUGACAGUGACAGGAUCGUCCCCAGACUCCCUGAGCCUCUCUUGGACCGUCCCCCAGGGAGACUUUGACUCCUUCACUGUCCAGUACAAGGGCAGUGAUGGGCGGCCCCAGGUGAUGCGUGUCGGGGGCCAGGAGAGGGAGGUCACCGUGAGAGACCUGGAUCCUGGGCGCAAGUACAAGAUGAACCUGUAUGGGCUCCAUGAGGGGCGUCGCGUGGGCCCCGUGUCCACCGUGGGCGUGACCGCUCCAGAGAAGGAAGCUCUGACCACACAGGUGGUGCCCACCACAACUCCUGAGCCCCUUCCUAAGAAGCCACACCUGGGAGAGCUGACUGUGACAGAUGCCACCCCUGACUCCCUGAGCCUCUCCUGGACGGUCCCCGAGGGACAGUUUGACCAGUUCGUGAUCCAGUACAAGAACGGGGAUGGGCAGAUCAAAGUGGUACGGGUGCCAGGGCACGAGGACCAGGUCACCAUCUCUGGCCUGGAGCCAGACCACAAGUACAAGAUGAACCUGUAUGGCAUCUACAGUGGUCAGCGUGUGGGCCCCGUGUCUACUGUUGGGGACUUUGACUCCUUCACUGUCCAGUACAAGGGCAGUGAUGGGCGGCCCCAGGUGAUGCGUGUCGGGGGCCAGGAGAGGGAGGUCACCGUGAGAGACCUGGAUCCUGGGCGCAAGUACAAGAUGAACCUGUAUGGGCUCCAUGAGGGGCGUCGCGUGGGCCCCGUGUCCACCGUGGGCGUGACCGCCUCUCUGACCACAGAGCCCCCCAUAGAGCCCCGCCUGGGAGAGCUGACUGCACUAGAAGUGACUUCCACUACAGUGCACCUGUCCUGGACUGUGGCCCAGGGCCCCUUCGACUCCUUCCUGGUCCAGUACAAGGACGCACAGGGGCAGCCCCAGAUGGUGCCUGUGAGCGGAGACCUGAGUGAGGUCACCGUCUCAGGUUUGGAGCCGGCCCGAAAGUACAAGUUUCUACUCUUUGGACUCCGGGAUGGGAAGCGCCAUGGCCCUGUCUCCACAGAAGCAAAGACUGUCUCUGACCCAAGGCUCCUUCCUCGUCUUGGGGAGCUCACCGUGACAGACACGACCCAAAACUCCGUGGGUCUCUCCUGGACUGUUCCCGAGGGUGAAUUCGACUCUUUCUUAGUCCAGUACAAGGACAAGGCAGGGCAGCUCCAGGUGGUGCCUGCAGCAGCAGACCAACGUGAGGUCACCGUCUCCAGCCUGGAGCCCAAUAGAAAAUACAAGUUCCUGCUCUUCGGCCUCAUAGGCCGCAAACGCCUGGGCCCUGCCUCUGUGGAGGGCACCACGGCUCCUGUGGAGAAGACACCACAGCCCCGUCUCGGGGAACUGUCGGUGACAGAGGAGACCUCUGACUCCGUGCACCUCUCGUGGACUGUGGUCCAGGGUCCUUUUGACUCCUUCCUGGUCCAGUACAAGGACAGGGACGGGCAGCUCCAGACGGUGCCCGUGGCUGCAGACCAGCGAGAGGUCACCAUAGAGGGUCUGCAGCCAGGCAGGAAAUACAAGUUCCUGCUCUAUGGGCUCACUGGAGGGAAGCGCCUGGGACCCAUCUCUGCCUUGGGAGUGACAGCCUCAGAAGUGGACAUAUCAGCCCCGGACCCCACUGAGCCCCCUGAGGCUCCCCGCCUGGGGACACUGGCGGUGACCGAGGCAACCCCAGACUCCCUGCGCCUCUCCUGGGCGGUGGCCCGUGGCCCCUUUGACUCCUUUGUAGUCCAGUACCAGGACACAGAGAGGCAAACCCAGGCCCUGCUUGUGGACGGAGACCAGGACAAAGUCCUCAUCUCAGGCUUGGAACCCCAAACUUCCUACAAGUUCUUCCUCUAUGGCCUCCGUGAAGGGACACGCCAUGGACCUAUCUCUGUAGAGGGCACCACAGAUCCAGUUCCUGCCGGUCAGGGCCCAGGGGACCCCGGACCCCGCCUGUCCCAGCUCUCAGUGUCAGAUGUGACCACCAGUUCUCUGCGGCUAAACUGGGAAGCCCCGCUUGGAGCCUUUGACUCUUUCCUGCUACGCUUCGGGGUCCCCCUACCGAGUACCCUGGAGCCGCACCCUCGCCCUCUGCUGCAGCGAGAGCUUAUGGUGCCAGGCGUGCGGCGCUCAGCCGUGCUCCGGGACCUGCGUCCCGGGACCCUGUACAGCCUUACUCUGUACGGGCUGCGUGGGCCGCACAAGGCAGACAGUAUCCAGGGCACUGCCCGCACGCUCAGCCCAGUUCUGGAGAGCCCCCGGGACCUGCAAUUCAGCGACAUCGGGGAAACAUCAGCCAAAGUCAACUGGGUGCCGCCAACGUCCAGGGUGGACAGCUUCAAAAUCUCCUACCAGCUAGCCGACGGAGGAGAGCCACAAAGUGUGCAGGUGGAUGGCCGGACCCAGUCCCAGAUCCUCCAGGGGCUGAUUCCAGACACUCGCUAUGAGGUGACUGUGGUCUCCGUCCGUGGCUUUGAGGAGAGCGAGCCUCUCACAGGCUCCCUCACCACAGUGCCUGAUGGUCCCACCCAGCUACGGGCAUUGAACUUGACUGACGGAUCUGCCCUUCUACACUGGAAACCCCCCCACAAACCGGUGGACAAAUAUGACGUCGAGGUCGAAUCCCCUGGGGCCCCACCCCUUCAGGCCUCGGCCCCUGGCAGCGCUGUGGACUACCCACUGACGGACCUGGCACGCGACACUAAUUACACAGCCACCGUGCGCGGUCUCCGGGGUCCUAACUUCACCUCCCCAGCCAGCAUAACCUUCACCACAGGGUUAAAGCCCCCCCAGGACUUGGAGGCCAAGGAAGUAACUCCUCGCUCGGCCCUGCUCACUUGGACUGAGCCUGAAGUCCCACCCACAGGCUACCUGCUCAGCUUUGACACCCCUGGAGGACAGAUUCAGGAAAUCCUGCUUCCAGCGGGAACCACCUCGCACAGGCUUCUGCGCCUCUUCCCCUCCACCUUCUACAGCGCCCAGCUCCGGGCCAUCUGGGGCGAGAGCCUUACACCUCCCGUGCUCACUUCCUUUACUACUGGCGGGCUGCGCAUCCCCUUUCCCCGGGACUGUGGGGAGGAGCUGAAGAAUGGGCCCAGCGCCUCAAAGACUACGACCAUCUUCCUCAAUGGCAACCGCGAGCGGCCUUUGGACGUGUUCUGUGACAUGGAGACUGAUGGAGGCGGUUGGCUGGUGUUCCAGCGCCGCAUGGAUGGACAGACGGACUUCUGGAGAGACUGGGAGGAGUACGCCCAUGGUUUUGGGAACAUCUCCGGGGAAUUCUGGCUGGGCAACGAGGCCCUGCACAGCCUGACACAGGCUGGAGACUACUCUAUGCGUGUGGACCUACGGGCCGGGAAGGAAGCCGUGUUCGCCCAGUAUGACUUCUUCCGCGUAGACUCAGCAAAGGAGAACUACCGCCUACACCUGGAGGGCUACCAUGGGACUGCAGGCGACUCUAUGAGCUACCACAGCGGCAGUGUCUUUUCUGCCCGUGACCGAGACCCCAACAACUUGCUCAUUUCCUGCGCUGUCUCCUACCGCGGGGCUUGGUGGUACAGGAACUGUCACUAUGCCAACCUCAACGGGCUCUAUGGGAGCACAGUGGAUCACCAGGGAGUGAGCUGGUACCACUGGAAGGGCUUCGAGUUCUCCGUGCCCUUCACGGAAAUGAAGCUGCGACCCAGAAACUUCCAGGCCCCCACCAGGGGCACCUGAGCCUGCUGCCCACCUCACUCACACCCCGGUAUGACUGCCGAGCACUGAGGGGUUGUGCCCAGAGAAGAGCCAGCGUGCCUCACCGAGGAAACCUUCUCUGACACAAUCUCACAGCACCAUGUUUACAGGGGGGGAAAGGGAGGGGAAACGGAGCAAUAAAGGAGAAACCGAGGCACGAGGCUCGUCCUA